AAGGCGUCCUACCUCUCCCCUUCCCGGCUGGCUGUGACUGACAGCAGAGCCAUGGCUCCGGCGCUGGACAGGCCCGGCUACUGGGGGCCCCCGACCUCCACCCUGGAGUGGUGCGAGGAGAACUACGCCGUGUCCUACUACAUCGCCGAGUUCUGGAACACAGUCAGCAACCUGAUCAUGAUCCUACCUCCCAUCUAUGGCGCCACUCAAGUGGUUAAAAACAGGCUGGAAACCAGAUACCUGGUCGCCUACCUGGGUUUAGCAGCUGUCGGGAUGGGAUCCUGGUGCUUCCACAUGACACUGCAGUACGAAAUGCAGCUUCUGGAUGAACUGCCCAUGAUCUACAGCUGCAGCGUGUUCGUCUACUGCUUAUACGAAUGUUUCAAGUACAGAAGCUCCUAUAAUUAUUUGCUGCUCGUCCUGUUAAUACUUUUCAGUGUGAUAGUAACUACAGUUUAUUUGCAAUGGAAGGAGCCGGUGUUUCAUCAGGUGAUGUACGGACUCCUGGUGACCUUCCUCGUCCUCCGGUCUGUGUAUGUAGUGACAUGGGUGUACCCGUGGCUGAGGGGCCUGGCUUACACCUCGUUAGGAUUGUUUUUAAUUGGAUUUUUGCUCUGGAACGUGGACAACAUUUUCUGCAGUACCUGGAGGGAUGUCCGACAGAAGAUGCCUCCCGUCCUCGGGGCUGUGACACAGUUUCAUGCCUGGUGGCACAUACUGACUGGACUGGGCUCCUACCUGCAUAUCUUGUUUAGCUUAUAUACACGGACUCUUUACCUUCGGUAUCGGCCCAAGGUGAAGUUCAUGUUUGGGAUGUGGCCGGUGAUCAUGGUGGAAUCCCCCAAGAAGCACUGACCUAACCAGAAGAAGAAGAGGAGACAAAAUGAAAAACAUUCCACAGACCUCCUGACAACAUAACCCCAGGACUCCGCCAAUCUAUCCACGGACUACUAAUCUAAAACGACUAUAUAUUCUCACAACGGCGCCCCCUAUAUACGGAGGUAUAUAGAGUCUACAGCCUUGCACCGGUACUGCAAACUUCAACUGGACGGAACGUGAAGACCUCAGGGUGCCACCUGUGCCAUAACUACUACGGAGCUUGCCCAGCACUCCCAUCAUCCUAUUAAAUGUGACUUCUGAAUAAUUACAUAGAUUGCCUUUUGUGUGGGCACACGCAGAAUAUAAGCCUGCGUGAUCAAGUAUUACAACCUCAUCGCCUGCGCGGGAUGAUCUGAACGCACAAUCUGCAUUAUUGGGUUGCCAUUGGUUUAGUCUAGGUCUGAGUGACCCCCGCAAUACAAGGGAUGUGUGAGGAAUAGAGCGGGGUCGCUUCUUUUAUCAUUUAAUUAAUAUAACAAUGUAACACGAGGAGAAGGUGUACAUUACCGGAUAUUGAACUGUUAGAAUGGAUACAGGAUCUCUAAAAAGUAUUUACGCCCCCAGGCAUCCAAUCACAGUGUUUUCACUUUGUAUUUUGUGUAUAAAAAUAAAAAAAACUAUCCCAUUGCUAGUUAGUUAGCUUAAAUUAAAUGCAAAGUAGUCCAGUGCGUAAGUAUUCACACCCUCAAGUUAUGACUUGCCUUGGCCCAUGUCAAAAUUGAGGUUCCUCCCUAAUCUUCUUUGGAAAAAUAUUGACAAACAGCAGAUCUGUUGCAGAUAUUUCAGUAAAGUCCUUUUAUCUGAUUGGGAUUGUUUUGUUGGAAUACACAUGGACAAAUCCUAUUCUAAUACUUGAGACUGUGGCAGAAAUUUCUGCAGAAAAUCUUCGGCAUUCCCCCUAAAGCUCCCCGGUGAUGCGGUUCUCUUGCGGGCUGCAGCAGGUUUACACCUGGAUUUGUCUAAUGGAACUGAAAAUCAGUUCAAUUCAUCUGUUUAGUGAGCAUCGUCCAUAGAUUUCUGCCACAUGUGAAUUUACCUUAAAGCUCCCCGGUGAUGCGGUUCUCUUGCGGACUGCAGCAGGUUUUCCAUCUGGGUUCAGACCUGAGCGUUCUGAAACGAACGCUCUGUAUGCGCGAUUGUACGGGCGUUUACAAUCGCGCAUACAGAGACAGGCGUGCGCACAUUGUCGCGCGUUCCCGAAUAUCUAUG